CCCCGAAAGCGAGGGCCGGCCUACCUACCGCUGCGGCCUCGCCGCCUCGCUUUCAGCGGCGACUUCUCAUCGAUUCUGUAUCCUCGUGCCCAGGGUUUUUAUUCGCGGGGAGCUGGCGGAUCCCGGCAAUUUUUAUACUCGGUCCAGUUCCACCCAGCCCGGCGUCCAGUCCGACCCCUCGCCAUCCCCAUCGAGUUCCUGGCGCGCGAUAGGAUGGUUCUAACGCUUCUCGAGCUGCUGCUUCCGUGAGUCCUAAGCGACGCCCGCGGCGACUCGAUUCGAUUCCCGGUGGUUCGGCGGCGCGCGGCUCCGGUUGCCGAUGGCAUUGAGGCUGCUGCUGGUGGUGGCGGCGGCGGCGGUCGCCGCGGCGAGCUGCCGGGCGGGCCUCGCGGACCCCGCGGUGAGCGCGCUGCCGGGGCUCCCCGUCGCCGGGCUCGCCGUCGGGUUCUACAAAGAGUCAUGCCCGGAGGUGGAGGACCUGGUGCUCACCGAGAUGCGCGCCAUCGUCGAGAAGGACCGGACCCUCGGGCCGGCGAUGCUGCGGUUCAUGUUCCACGACUGCCUCGUCAGGGGGUGCGACGCAUCGAUCAUGCUCAAAUCGCGGAGCAACAAGGGGGAGCAGGACGCCUUACCGAGCUACGGCCUCCGCGGCUACGAGGAGAUCGAGCAGAUCAAGGCCAAGGUGGAGGCGGCGUGCCCGCUCACCGUGUCGUGCGCGGACAUCAUCGCCCUGGCCGCCCGGGACGCCGUGUACCUGAGCAACGGGCCGCGCUACGCCGUCGAGACCGGCCGCCGGGACGGCAAGGUGUCGGCCAAGUUCGACGCCGAGAGCGACCUCCCGCCCCCAUCCUCCAACAUCGUCGACCUCAAAACCUACUUCAGCGUCAAGGGCUUGGGCUGGAAGGACCUCGUCGUCCUAUCAGGGAGCCACACGAUCGGCACCGCGCAGUGCUCGACGUUCGCGUCGGACCGGCUCUACAACUUCAGCGGGAGGGGGAUGCAGGACCCGUCGCUGGAUAAGGCGUACGCGGCGAGCCUGCGGGAGGAGUGCGAGCCGGGGCUCAAGAACGACACGACCCCGGUGGUGAUGGACCCGACCAGCCCCUACGAGUUCGACCUGAGCUACUACCGCCACGUGUACAGAGAUUCGGGGCUCUUCCUCUCCGACCAGGCGCUCAUGCACGACCGGUGGACGAGGGAGUACGUGGAGCGGAUGGCCGCCGCGGCGUCGCCCGACGAAUUCUUCGCCGACUACGCGGUCGCCAUGACCAACAUGGGCCGGCUCGAGGUGCUCACGGGCGACAGCGGGGAGAUCCGGGAGACCUGUGCCGCGUACGUUAACUAGAAGCGAAGCGAGGAGGAUAGGCUAGCUGCGGCUAGCUAGAGCGGCGAUUGGGUGGUUGGUGGGCCGUGAGUUGUUCCUGCGACGUGCAACUGUGCAAGUGGUGGAUCCGAUCGGCACGCCGCGGCGGCAGCGUGGGAGCCAACCGGGAUGCACUUGCCGUAUCCUACAUUCCUACUUGGGGUGGUUAGAGGAUUGACUUCGCCGUGAGGCUGGACUGAAUGCAUUAUUCUUUGCUGCCGAAAAAGAAGUUCAAUUGUACUAGGAUGUAAGAAAAAAGCCACCUGUUUCGUUCUUCAACUUGAUCCUCCAUUGUUUGGUGAGGUGUCAGCUGAGGACUUGUUCUCAUUCGCACGAUGGCCAAUUGGCCACUGACCAGGUAAUAUGACAGCUGAGCUGACGUUGCUUUUGUUCCAA